AGGAAGUGACGACAGUGCCGGCGGGUGACGGAGAAGAAGCGGAGGUCGCUGCGGCGUUUGAGUGGAGAGGAGGUGUUGCCGUCAGCGCCACCGCCUCAGUUUCAGUGGGCAGGGGGUGUUGGAGCUGCUUCCACAGCAUCGGUGUCAGGCUAUUGGAGAAGAUGGCAUUUAGUAAAGGAUAUCGUAUCUACCACAAACUGGAUCCACCUCCGAGCCCUUAUAGUGUAAUAGUUGAAACCCGCAAUCGAGAGGAUUGUUUAAUGUUUGAAUCUGGAGCUGUGGCUAUUCUUUCAUCAGCAGAGAAGGAGUCUAUUAAAAACAUGUACACCAAGCUCCUAGAUGCUUAUGGCCUUUUGGGUGUUUUGAGGUUGAAUCUAGAUGACAAUAUGUUACAUUACCUUGUGCUGGUAACUGGCUGUAUGUCAGUGGGAAAGAUACAAGAUUCUGAAGUCUUCAGAGUCACUUCUACUGAGUUCAUUUCUCUUCGAAACGAACCUUUGGAUGAGGAACGCAUCUCUGAAGUACGAAAGGUGUUGAAUUCUGGAAGCUUCUAUUUUGCUUGGUCUUCCAGUGGUGUCAGUCUGGACCUGAGCUUGAAUGCUCAUCGUAGAAUGCAAGAGCAUACAACGGAUAAUCGAUUUUUCUGGAACCAGGCUUUGCAUUUGCACCUGAAGCAUUAUGAUGUGAAUUGUGAUGAAUGGGUACUGAGACUUAUGUGUGGAGGAGUGGAAAUCAGGACCAUCUAUGCUGCUCACAAACAAGCGAAAGCUUGUUUAAUUUCACGUCUCAGCUGUGAAAGAGCAGGAACAAGAUUUAAUGUACGGGGAACAAAUGAUGAUGGACAAGUAGCUAACUUUGUUGAAACAGAACAGGUGAUAUUCUUGGAUGAUUGUGUGUCCUCUUUUAUUCAAAUCCGUGGUUCCAUCCCAUUGUUCUGGGAGCAACCGGGUCUUCAGGUUGGGUCCCAUCGUGUUCGAAUGUCCAGGGGUUUUGAAGCCAAUGCACCAGCUUUUGACAGACAUUUUAGAACACUGAAAAAGCUAUAUGGGAAGCAAACUAUAAUCAAUUUGCUUGGAGUGAAAGAAGGAGAGCACAUGCUUAGUAAAGCAUUCCAGAGUCAUUUGAAGGCAUCUGAACAUGCUGCAGAUGUUCCUAUGGUGAAUUUUGACUACCACCAGCAGGUAAAAGGUGGAAAGACAGACAGACUUAUAACUGUGCUGAAACCCAAACUAGAGACAUUUCUGGAGGAAUGUGGCUUUUUUUAUUGUGAUUCCCAUGGAGUUCAGAGGUGCCAGACUGGUACUAUCAGAACCAACUGUCUUGAUUGCCUUGACAGAACGAACAGUGUGCAGGCUUUCUUUGGGCUGGAGAUGCUUCACAAGCAGUUAGAUAUUCUAGGGCUAGCUGAGAAGCAACAGAUGGUCACUAGAUUUCAAGAAGUCUUUCGUUCCAUGUGGUCAAUGUGUGGUGACUCAAUAAGUAAAAUUUAUGCUGGAACUGGAGCACUGGAAGGAAAAGCCAAGGGUGGAAAGUUUAAGGAUGGAGCUCGCUCAGUGACGAGAACCAUUCAGAAUAAUUUCUUUGACAGCUCCAAGCAGGAGGCUAUUGACAUCUUACUUCUUGGUAAUACCUUGAACAGUGACUUGGCAGAUAAAGCUCGAGCUCUCCUAACAACUGGUUCUUUACAUGUUCCAGAAUUGACACUUCAAUCAGCUUCACCCAAAGUCUUGCAUGGUAUGUGUGAAAACUACCAUAAGUAUACAAAACCAAAACGAAUCAGAGUCAGUGUUGGAACCUGGAAUGUGAAUGGUGGAAAGCAAUUUCGUAGUAUUGCUUUCAAGAAUCAAACUCUAAAUGACUGGCUGUUGGAUGCACAAAAAAAAUCAAACGCUCAGGACUUCCAAGACAAGGGGAGCAAACCUGUAGACAUAUUUGCUAUUGGAUUUGAAGAAAUGGUUGAGCUGAAUGCAGGAAAUAUUGUAAGUGCAAGUACCACAAAUCAGAAAUUAUGGGCAGCUGAGAUUCAGAAGAGUAUCUCUAGAGACUGCAAGUAUGUACUUUUAGCUUCUGAGCAACUCGUGGGUGUUUGCUUGUUUAUCUUUAUCCGACCACAACAUGCUGCAUUUAUCAGGGAUGUAGCAGUGGAUACUGUGAAGACUGGAAUGGGAGGAGCUACUGGUAACAAAGGGGCAGUUGCUGUCCACAUGCUGUUCUAUACCACCAGCCUUUGCUUCGUUUGUGCCCAUUUUGCUGCAGGACAGUCGCAAGUCAAGGAAAGGAAUGAGGAUUACAUUGAAAUAGCUCGUAAACUGAGUUUUCCCAUGGGACGAUUACUGUUUUCUCAUGAUUAUAUAUUUUGGUGUGGAGAUUUCAAUUAUCGCAUUGAUCUUCCAAAUGAAGAAGUAAAAGAGCUGAUAAGACAACAGAAUUGGGACUCCCUCCUGUCAGGAGAUCAACUUAUUAAUCAAAAAAAUGCUGGACAUAUUUUCCGAGAGUUUCUGGAAGGUAGAAUAAAUUUCGCUCCAACUUACAAAUAUGACCUAUUCUCUGAUGAUUAUGAUACAAGUGAAAAAUGUCGGACUCCAGCUUGGACAGAUCGAGUUCUUUGGAAAAGACGAAAGUGGCCUGUUGACAAAUCGGCUGAAGACCUAGAUUUGUUGAAUUCCAGUAUUCAGGAUGAACCAAAACUAACUAAUUCAUGGAGUCCUGGAACACUGGUCUAUUAUGGACGAGCAGAAUUAAAAACAUCAGAUCAUAGGCCUGUGGUUGCCAUUAUAGACAUAGACAUAUUUGACAUUGAUCCUGAUGCACGACAAAGAGUGUACAAGGAAGUUAUUGCUCUACAAGGACCACCGGAUGGCACAGUGGUCGUGUCACUAACCAGCUCCUCCUCAGACCAUAAUUAUUUUGAUGAUAAUUUGAUAGACCAAUUGCUUCAACAGUUUGCUGCAUAUGGUGAUGUUAUUUUGAUAAGGUUUGUAGAAGACAAAAUGUGGGUGACGUUCUUGGAAGGCAGUUCUGCUCUUGCAGUACAGAAGUUAAGUGGUACUGAGGUUUUGGGCAGGACAAUUACUAUCUGUCUAAAGAAUCCAGAUUGGAGCAGCAGAUUGGAGGAAGAGAUGAGUCUGGAAAGAAUUGGCCUUGGCUUACCAGUCUCUGCUAGUUCUACACUGCUGGGAGAGGAUACAAUUGUUUCUGCUGACUAUGAUAUGGAAGGUGAUGUGGAUGACUAUAGUGCUGAAAUAUAUGAAAUCCCUCAGCAUUUGCAGCCUGCCUCUGGUUCAGGUUCAGGAACUUCUCCUGGUUCAACUCCCAGGACAAGUCCCUGUCCAUCACCCACAAUACCAGAGGUGCUUCCACCGUCACUGCCAAGCAGACCAAGUCGAGCAACUCCAAGGACUUCCACAGUACUACAAGAACAGUCACAUCAAGAGUUCCAACAAGUUCCAACACAGAAGGAAAGUUGUCAGACCCUGGAACCAAAGCGGCCACCACCACCACGUCCUUCGGUUCCUCCAUCAAGACCUGCCCCACCGCAAAGACCUCCUCCUCCUACAGGAGCGAGAAGCCCAGCAUCCACUAGGAAAGAGUUGAAAGGUCCUGGGGCACCUGUCAGUCCAGGGUUAGCUAGAAAGGAAAUGGAAGUGCCAAAAAGCCCAGCACAAGGCAGAAAAGAACCAGAAGGUCGUGGUCAACCACCUCCCCACGCAAUCACGAGUUCAGCUACUACAGGAGCUGGUGCAGCUUCUAGACCGAAUAUACCAUCACGGGCUGGCGUAAUCAGUGCACCAGCAAAUCAUGCACCUAUCAAGCCAGCAGUCGGACUACCACUCUCAGAGGUUCUGAGCAAACCAGAACCUUUAAAAGGAUCAAUGCUCCUGCCAGAACCACUCAAGCCAAAGGUUGCCACUCCACUUCCAUCUCAACCUCCCUCAAUAAGUUCCCAGAAGCUGCAAGAACCUCUUAAACCAAUUGGUUUGAAACCCAUUUCUCAGACACCACCCCCUUUUCAUAACAUAGAUCAUCUUGCACCACAAGCUCCACCCCGCAGCAAAUCUGCCCAAAGCCUGCCAGUAGAACCUGUUACUACAGAGCAGUUACAAUCCAAUAUUAAUGGAAUUAACAAUGGAGAAACAUCUAGCAUUGACCCUUUUGCUGACCUUUCACUUGACCGGCUUGCUGACCCUUGGACAAAGACUCAGUUAUCAAGUGGAAGCACUAGAAUGCAGCCAGCAUUUUAUCGUAUAUCUCCAACUUUGUGCCAGCAACAAUCCAUCCAACCCAUUGUAUCAACACAGCCUGAUUGCAUGCCAUUUGCACCUCCCAUUCCUCCCCGAAGUAAAUCGCAGGAGAGCUUCCAAGUCUCUCCUACUGCUUUCAACUUUUUAGCUGAUGGAAAUGCCUCCAAAACAAACCCUUUCACUGGAAAAAACAGUUACAAUCCAUUUAGGACUGAUGCUCAAAAUGUUGUUCAGAAACCUGCUGUUGCGUCACAGCUGUCUGUGCAAAGUAGCAGCAGUUACCCUGUUCUAUCCACUAACACAAUGACUUCUGGAGUGGGAAUUGGCAAGGCUGCCUUUUCAUCAAAUCCUUUUGUAGACAACAAUGUCUUUCAAAGUAAACUUACAAAUGACAAAACACGAAUUAGUGGGUGGGUGACCUUUGAGGAUAAUGACUUUGGUGUAAAAGAAAGAAAUCUGUCAACAGAUGCAAAAAAAAUUGAUACCCAGAACCCAUGGAAUGAAAAUAUUAACAAUCUGUCACUGAAGAGCACACAAAAAUUAUUUCCAGGUACAGAUUUCGGAUUUGGCAAUGACUGGAACACAAAUAACAUAGCAUCUGGUGCAUCAAUACCUGUACCAGCUCGAAGAGCACCACCUCCUAUACCUUUGAGAUCAAAUGUCAUCAUUCCAAUCUUGCCAUUUAAUUCUGAGGCACCUGCCUCUUUAUCAAAACAAGACUUCACUGAAAGAUGAAAGAUAUUCCAAUAAGGCAGGCUGAUUUAAAAAAGUUAUUUGUAAUUUGAAUUCUUUAUUGGGACAUUACAUGUGCAAUAUGUUGUGUUUGAAAUAUUAAACACCUGGUAUCUCUUGUGCAAGGUCAGUAUUAGUGUUCAAAUAUUGGUAACGGUUUUGAAUGGUCAACAAAUUUUUACAAUAUUUUGUUAAGGGUCCAAGUUCAAAAUCUGUCAUUUCCUGGAUAAAAGCAAAUGAAUAGUAUUUUGGGAAACUGACUUUGUCUAAGAUGCAGUUAAAAUGACUAAUGCAAAGAGAAGUGGUAAAGCUUUAAAUGACAUAACUUGUGAGUUAUUUAAAAAAUGUGAAAUCACUCUGGUUAAAGUAAAAUUUGUAAUCUUAAAUCUAUCCAAGGAAUCUUGGUUCAAAUCUGACCUAUGAUAAGUUUGCAUUAUGAUGAACCAGGGUUAAAAUUUGUGACAGUCAUGUGGUUCUGUGACUUUCAUCAUUUUCAUCCUUUGCAACAGAUUCACUUCAGUAUUCCUUCAAUGCCCCAAGUUGUUAUUACCAUUUUCGUAAAACAGGAGACAUUGCCAUGUAAAACAUUUGCUGUUUUAAAAAAGUGUGCUUUUGUUUACCUUGCUGCACCCUGCUGUGUGGUUAAAAGAUGCUUUGUACUAAUGAACAGGAAUAUUACAGUUGCUGCACAGUGAGAAUGAAACUGCUCUAUUUUCUUAACAUGAUUAUGCAGUUGCUUUGACUGCCACUAAAUUGGAUUCAUGAGCUCUUUGUGUAAUAGAAUCAAACUGACAUUUUCCUCUGUAUAUUGAGGCAAUUGUAGAAUUGCAGGUUGUGUCUAGGAUUCCACAACAGUUAUUAGGCAUACAUCAGGUAGUUCAUUCGACUGAUACUAUGCACUCUGUUUUGAUCACAAUGGCUUGAAUUCUAUUAAUGGGAUAAAAUUGUUUUUGGUCUUUGCAAGUAAAACUGGGUAUUACUUAAUAAGGUCCAAUGUGCAACGGAUGAUGGUGAACCUAUUAGUUUAAUUCCUGAGAGGACCGUUAGAGGAAACAAAAUGUGCUUUUUUGGAGCAAACUAAACAGCACACUUAAACUGUGCUAUAUUGACUCGGAUGCCAAUAUUAAAUCCCUGAAACGUGAUGUAAGUUCUACUACUGAACAUUAAAGUCCAUGAACGCAAUUUGCCUGCAUUCUGUCACCACCUGGAAGAAAAAUAGCAAACUGGUGGUUGAUAAUUAAACCUUAUUCUUCAACAGGUAUUUCUGCAUCAAAAUUCAUAUAACACCAACUGCGAUAAUCACUGCUCAAAAUUAUAUUUCAUUCUUAGUCUAUUUAUGAGCCUACUUGAAAUAUCCUUUCACAUCCCCAACAUUAAAAUUCAUCCACACCAAAAGUAAACUGCAUUUUCUUUUAAACUAAAACUUGGAUUUUUAUUCAAAAUCCACAAGUAGUCGUCCAUUCCUAAUACACAUUGAUAAGCACACUUAGCCUAUACCCCAUCCAUCCCAUCUAAAAAAUUUAUAAGAUGUCCUAUCUAAAAAUUAAUUUUAAUAUAUUUGUCAUUAGAUAUACAUUUAUGUAAUCUAUUUGAGCCUACUAGUGAUUUAAUUAGUUAGACUGUAGUUUGGUUUAUCAAAGAGUACAUUUCACAAAGGAUUUGUUAGUCUGAAAAAAAAUGUUGUGACAGAUGGUGGAGCAGGACUACUGAAUGAUUAGAGACUCAAACCUAUAACAUCAGAAACUAUGCUAUUCCAAACUAUUCUCUACAUAUUACCCAAGUCUGUACCAUGUUCUGAUAUUUUUAAAUACAGUACUACAUUUUGUUUAGUUUUCCACAAUGCAAAUAUACACUUAAGGUUUUUGAUGAAAUUCUGUCAUGAUGCACUUCUAUAUAUUCAGAUGUAGUAAAUGAAAAUAUCAUGAACCAAGCAAUCUAUUUAAAGCACGUAUUAAAUAACCAGCAGGUGAUUCAUUGGACCUGUCAAAAACUAUCCUCAUUUCCUAUUUUUGAACUUCAUUCUGAACAAUUUGAAAAUGGAAUGGGCUUUUCAUCAGGUGAAAAAUGUAACUAAAAAUGCUGAAAGUUUAAUAGCAUAACCUUGCAGCCUUGCUUUAGAUAGUGCAUUGGUUAAAUACUCACUACUGAUAUCCAAAAGGCAUUAUCAUGCUUGUUGCUGCUGUUCUUGCCUGUGGUGCAAUAGGGAGUAAUUGUUUAAAAAUUCUCCAGGUACAUUUCAACUGAAUAACACCACUUCCAUAUAUAAUCUGAAUUCAAAUACUGAAUUUUAAAACUCUCAGUGUGCAAGUAUGGUAUUGCUGGUGUGCAAACUCCCAUUUGUAACUGUUGAGUAAUCCACUGACUUCUGUGGUUUAUGAUAGGGCUGCAGCAAAUAUGUAUUUUGCAACAACUUAAACAGUGUUUACAAAAUCGUAACUGCAAUGUUUCAAUGUGGUAACCUGGCUGUUUAUAGUUUUUAUAAGUCUCCUGAUCUUUAGAGUGUCUCUCAAUGCAUAUCAAUAAAUACAAAUUAAACUUGGUUAUAUUAUAUUCAGUGGAUAAUGUGUCUAAUUCUUUUCCUGAAGACUGCAAUAUUGAGACUAAUGUGUGCACAGUAAAUUGUACAUAUCAUGCAAUGUUUGAGAUGUAUCUUCAUUCAAUAAAUGUAGCUUUGUCCUAUAAAUAUAA